GACUCUAAAACCAAAGGUUGUUCUUCUGAAACACGAUGACAUGACCUCUGUGUUGGCAACGAAGCAGAAGGCCUGGAUGGUGUUCUUCAUUGGAACAGCAGACGGAUUGCUUAUGAAGCUUGCUGUAGACAGGAACUUUAAGCCCACCUGUCCAGAGAUUCUCUACAGAGAGAGUGAAAAACGCAAAGUGUUUCCCAAAAUCCAUCUGGAUCAAGUGGAUCAGAACCAUGUGUAUUUGCAGCUCAAAAACAAGAUUGAGCGUGUUCCAGUGUCGAGGUGUAGCACUCACAGAAAUGUGAGGGCUUGUCUGUCGGCACAGGAUCCCCUCUGUGUGUGGUGUGUCUCUGAAGACAGCUGUACAUUUGAGGACUACUGCACAGAUUCAGAGUGGUUGUCCAUCCCUGAUGAGGCUCAACAGGAAAUGAUUUCCCACCGAGUUGUGAAGGUUUCCAGUGGAAUGGUCAAAGUAUUGAUUCAGACCCACCUGACUGUGCAGCAGAAGGUUCAGUCUAACUUCACCUGUGAAUUCUCCUCAAAUUCUAGUCAGAUUUGUAGGCAACAGGGGCUUUCAGCACAGUUCCCUCAAUGCACAUGCAUCCUUAUCGACACUCUGCUUACUGAUGGUAAUCAGCUUUUGUUAACUGAUCAAAGUAAUGUAAUAACCUGAUCGUUUAGAAUAUAUAAAGGUCAAUUCUUUCUAGUAAAGUAAAAACUAAAGACAGAAACAAUGUGAUAAUCUGUAAAAUAACAUUUUCUGUUUCUGUCUUUUUAAAUGUAAUAUGGCAGAAAACAGGUUUGAAGUUUGAAAAGUCAUCCUCUGUUUUUCAGUUCUAUGACAGGACAUUUUAACAAUUUGAAAGUUUCAGAUUUAUGUUUUUUCCUGUUUCAGUAAAAUCUGUUAAAAUGAUCAUAUCUUAAUGUGUUCUCUGCAACUUUAAAGGUUCCUUUGUCUCAAGAAAACAGAUUCAAAACGGUUGCCAUUUUCAACACAGUAUUUCAAUUACGCUACCCAAAUUUAUAUAUUCUUUGCUAAAAAAUAAAAAAAAGUGAAUUAUUGCUUUCUUAAAGGAAGUUUUGUAAAACUGUCGUAAUUCACAGUUCUGGAUGUCACCAUAAAG